AUGGAGAAGGUCCAGGAGACCGGUCACCCCAUCUGUGCCCACCGGAGAAUUCCUGACUCCCAGGCUGAGACUACAUUUCUGCGGGAGGCCCGACCCACAGUCAGAAUUAUCAUAGAGGUGCAUACGGCACGUGGGCAGAUGGACCAGAAGAGGAAGCUGCCACGGGCCGUUUUCAGUGAGGACCUUCACUCCAGCCUCUACUUUGUCAAUGCAUCUCUGCAAGAGGUAGUGUUUGCGAGCACCACGGGGACCCUGGUGCCCUGCCCCGCUGCAGGCAUCCCUCCUGUGUCUCUCAGAUGGUACCUAGCAACGGGCGAGGAGAUCUACGAUGUCCCCGGGAUCCGCCACGUCCACCCCAACGGCACUCUCCAAAUUUUCCCCUUCCCUCCUUCAAGCUUUAGUACCUUAAUCCAUGAUAAUACUUACUAUUGCACAGCUGAAAAUCCUUCAGGGAAAAUUAGAAGUCAGGAUGUCCACAUCAAGGCUGUUUUACGGGAGCCCUAUACAGUCCGUGUGGAGGACCAGAAAACCAUGAGAGGCAAUGUUGCGGUCUUCAAGUGCAUUAUCCCCUCCUCGGUGGAGGCGUACGUCACCGUGGUCUCAUGGGAGAAAGACACCGUGGUACUCAUCUCAGGAUCUAGAUUUCUCAUCACAUCCACGGGAGCCUUGUAUAUUAAAGAUGUACAGAAUGAAGAUGGGUUGUAUAACUACCGCUGUAUCACGCGGCAUAGAUACACCGGGGAGACCAGGCAGAGUAACAGCGCUAGACUGUUUGUAUCAGACCCAGCGAACUCAGCCCCAUCCAUACUGGAUGGGUUUGAUCAUCGCAAAGCCAUGGCAGGGCAGCGUGUGGAGUUGCCUUGCAAAGCGCUUGGGCAUCCUGAGCCAGAUUAUCGCUGGCUGAAGGACAACAUGCCCCUGGAACUUUCUGGAAGGUUUCAGAAGACCGUGACAGGGCUGCUCAUUGAGAACACUCGUCCUUCAGACUCAGGCAGCUAUGUGUGUGAAGUUUCCAACAGAUACGGAACUGCUAAGGUGAUAGGCCGCCUGUACGUGAAACAGCCACUGAAAGCUACCAUCAGCCCCAGGAAAGUUAAAAGCAGCGUGGGUAGCCAGGUUUCCUUGUCCUGCAGCGUGACAGGCAGUGAGGACCAGGAACUCUCCUGGUACCGAAACGGUGAAAUCCUCAACCCUGGAAAAAAUGUGAGGAUCACAGGGAUCAACCACGAAAACCUUAUAAUGGAUCACAUGGUCAAAAGUGACGGGGGCGCAUACCAGUGCUUUGUGCGCAAGGAUAAGCUGUCCGCUCAAGACUAUGUGCAGGUGGUCCUUGAAGACGGAACUCCCAAAAUUAUUUCUGCCUUUAGUGAAAAAGUGGUGAGUCCAGCAGAACCAGUCUCCCUCAUGUGCAACGUCAAGGGAACUCCGUUGCCCACCAUCACGUGGACCCUGGACGACGACCCGAUCCUCAAGGGUGGCAGUCACCGCAUCAGCCAGAUGAUCACGUCGGAGGGAAAUGUGGUCAGCUACCUGAACAUCUCCAGCUCUCAGGUCCGGGAUGGGGGAGUCUACCGCUGCACUGCCAACAAUUCGGCGGGAGUCGUCCUGUACCAGGCUCGAAUAAACGUAAGAGGGCCUGCAAGCAUUCGGCCAAUGAAAAAUAUCACAGCCAUCGCAGGACGGGACACGUACAUCCACUGCCGUGUGAUUGGCUAUCCGUAUUACUCCAUCAAAUGGUACAAGAACUCUAAUCUGCUUCCUUUCAACCACCGCCAAGUGGCAUUUGAGAACAACGGCACUCUAAAACUCUCAGAUGUGCAAAAGGAAGUGGAUGAGGGAGAGUACACGUGCAACGUGCUGGUUCAACCACAGCUCUCCACCAGCCAGAGUGUCCACGUGACGGUCAAAGUUCCACCUUUCAUCCAACCUUUUGAGUUUCCAAGAUUCUCCAUUGGACAGCGGGUCUUCAUCCCAUGUGUUGUGGUCUCAGGGGACUUACCCAUCACGAUCACUUGGCAGAAGGACGGCCGGCCAAUCCCAGCGAGCCUCGGGGUGACCAUCGACAACAUUGACUUCACAAGCUCCUUGCGGAUUUCCAAUCUCUCCCUCAUGCACAACGGGAACUAUACCUGCAUAGCCCGGAAUGAGGCAGCAGCUGUGGAACACCAAAGCCAGCUGAUCGUGAGAGUUCCUCCGAAAUUUGUGGUUCAGCCACGGGACCAGGACGGGAUUUAUGGCAAGGCUGUCAUCCUCAAUUGCUCAGCUGAGGGCUAUCCUGUACCCACCAUAGUGUGGAAAUUCUCUAAAGGUGCUGGGGUUCCCCAGUUCCAACCAAUUGCCCUGAAUGGCCGAAUUCAGGUUCUGAGCAACGGGUCCUUGUUGAUCAAGCACGUCGUAGAGGAAGACAGCGGCUACUACCUGUGCAAGGUCAGCAACGAUGUGGGUGCAGACGUCAGCAAGUCCAUGUACCUCACGGUGAAAAUUCCUGCGAUGAUAACGUCCUAUCCAAAUACGACCCUAGCCACUCAGGGCCAAAAGAAGGAAAUGAGCUGCGCAGCCCAUGGCGAGAAGCCCAUCAUCGUCCGCUGGGAGAAGGAGGACCGUAUCAUUAACCCCGAGAUGGCCCGUUACCUUGUGUCCACCAAGGAGGUGGGAGAGGAAGUGAUCUCAACGCUGCAGAAAAUGUUGAACAUGCACACAGCUGGUGUUAAAACAGUUUCUUGCAGUGCCCAUGAUGAUGUCAAGGUGCAGCCCCCAAAACACAGGGAGCAAAUCCUUAAAGGAAUUGGGUCAGGUGACCCUGCGGACCCACAGAGUGCACCACGUGUAACAGUGUGCCUGGUUAGCCCACCUUUAGGAAUCCUUACGCCAAACGAGCCCCCAGACCCUCCCGAAAUUGAGAUCAAAGACGUGAAAGCUCGCACAAUCACCCUCAGGUGGACCAUGGGGUUUGACGGCAACAGCCCCAUCACGGGCUACGAUAUUGAGUGCAAAAAUAAAUCAGACUCCUGGGAUUCUGCUCAGAGAACCAAAGAUGUUUCCCCUCAGCUGAACUCGGCCACCAUCAUUGAUAUCCACCCUUCCUCCACCUACAGCAUCCGCAUGUAUGCCAAGAACCGGAUUGGCAAGAGCGAGCCCAGCAACGAGCUCUCCAUCACCGCGGACGAGGCAGCUCCUGACGGCCCACCUCAGGAAGUCCACUUGGAGCCCAUCUCAUCUCAGAGCAUCAGAGUCACCUGGAAGGCUCCCAAGAAACAUUUGCAAAAUGGGAUUAUCCGUGGCUACCAGAUAGGUUACCGCGAGUACAGCACCGGGGGCAACUUCCAAUUCAACAUUAUCAGUAUCGACACCACUGGGGACAGUGAGAUUUACACCCUGGACAACCUCAAUAAGUUCACCCAGUACGGCCUGGUAGUGCAGGCCUGCAACCGGGCCGGGACGGGACCUUCUUCUCAGGAAAUCAUCACCACCACCCUCGAGGAUGUGCCCAGUUACCCCCCUGAAAAUGUCCAAGCCAUAGCAACAUCACCAGAAAGCAUAUCAAUAUCCUGGUCCACACUUUCCAAGGAAGCCUUGAAUGGAAUUCUCCAGGGGUUCAGAGUCAUUUACUGGGCCAACCUGAUGGACGGAGAGCUGGGCGAGAUUAAAAACGUCACCACGACGCAGCCUUCCCUAGAGCUGGACGGGCUGGAGAAAUAUACCAACUACAGCAUCCAGGUGCUGGCCUUCACCCGUGCGGGGGACGGCGUCAGAAGUGAGCAGAUCUUCACUCGGACCAAAGAGGAUGUUCCAGGUCCUCCUGCGGGAGUGAAGGCAGCGGCGGCCUCAGCCUCCAUGGUCUUUGUGUCCUGGCUUCCCCCUCUCAAGCUGAACGGCAUCAUCCGAAAGUACACUGUAUUCUGCUCCCACCCCUAUCCCACAGUGAUCAGCGAGUUUGAAGCCUCUCCCGACUCAUUUUCCUACAGAAUUCCCAACCUGAGUCGGAACCGUCAGUACAGCGUCUGGGUGGUCGCGGUGACUUCAGCUGGGAGAGGAAACAGCAGUGAAAUCAUCACGGUAGAGCCAUUAGCUAAAGCUCCGGCACGAAUCCUGACCUUCAGUGGCACAGUGACUACCCCAUGGAUGAAAGACAUCGCCUUACCUUGUAAAGCUGUUGGGGACCCUUCUCCUGCAGUAAAAUGGAUGAAAGACAGUAACGGGACACCCAGCCUGGUAACGGUUGAUGGGCGGAGAAGCGUCUUCAGCAACGGGAGCUUCGUUAUCCGAACCGUGAAGGCGGAGGACUCCGGCUAUUACAGCUGCAUCGCCAAUAACAACUGGGGAUCAGAUGAGAUUAUUUUAAAUUUACAAGUACAAGUUCCACCUGAUCAGCCUCGGCUUACAGUGUCCAAAACAACGUCUUCUUCCAUUACCCUCUCGUGGCUCCCUGGAGACAAUGGGGGCAGUUCCAUCAGAGGAUACAUAUUGCAGUACUCUGAGGACAACAGCGAGCAGUGGGGAAGUUUUCCAAUCAGCCCAAGUGAGCGCUCUUACCGCCUGGAAAACCUGAAGUGUGGUACUUGGUACAAGUUCACUCUUACUGCGCAGAAUGGAGUGGGACCAGGACGCAUAAGUGAAAUCAUAGAAGCGAAAACGCUGGGGAAAGAGCCCCAGUUCUCCAAGGAGCAAGAGCUCUUCGCCAGCAUCAACACCACACGCGUGAGGCUGAACCUCAUUGGCUGGAAUGAUGGCGGCUGUCCCAUCACCUCCUUCACACUUGAGUACAGACCCUUUGGGACCACGGUCUGGACCACGGCUCAGCGGACCUCUCUCUCCAAGUCGUACAUUUUGUACGACCUUCAAGAAGCCACCUGGUACGAGCUGCAGAUGAGGGUUUGCAACAGUGCCGGCUGUGCGGAGAAGCAGGCCAACUUCGCCACGCUGAACUACGAUGGCGGUACAAUCCCUCCACUCACUAAGUCGGUUGUCCAAAGCGAAGAAGGGCUGACGACCAAUGAGGGGCUCAAGAUGCUGGUGACCAUCUCCUGUAUCCUGGUGGGGAUCUUGCUUCUGUUUGUGCUCCUGCUGGUGGUGCGGAGGAGGCGGCGGGAGCAGAGGCUGAAGAGGCUGAGAGAUGCAAAGAGUUUGGCUGAAAUGCUCAUGAGUAAGAAUACCCGGACUUCGGACACCUUGAGCAAGCAACAACAAACCUUGAGGAUGCACAUUGACAUACCCAGGGCUCAGCUUUUGAUCGAAGAGAGAGACACAAUGGAGACCAUCGACGAUCGCUCCACGGUCCUGUUAACGGAUGCUGACUUUGGGGAGGCGGCCAAACAGAAGUCUCUGACGGUGACACACACAGUGCACUAUCAGUCAGUGUCACAGGCCACCGGGCCCCUCGUGGAUGUGUCGGACGCGCGGCCAGGAACGAAUCCUACCACCAGGAGGAAUGCCAAGGCAGGACCCACAGCAAGAAACCGGUAUGCCAGCCAGUGGACCCUCAACAGACCCCACCCCACCAUUUCAGCACACACCCUCACCACAGACUGGAGGCUGCCGACGCCCAGGGCUGCGGGAUCAAUGGACAAGGAGAGUGACAGUUACAGUGUCAGCCCCUCACAAGACACAGAUCGAGCGCGAAGCAGCAUGGUCUCCACAGAAAGUGCCUCCUCCACUUAUGAAGAACUGGCCAGGGCCUACGAGCACGCCAAGAUGGAAGAGCAACUGAGGCACGCCAAGUUCACCAUCACAGAGUGCUUCAUAUCAGACACAUCAUCUGAACAGUUGACGGCAGGGACAAACGAGUACACGGACAGUCUGACCUCCAGCACCCCUUCAGAAUCGGGGAUCUGCAGGUUCACUGCAUCCCCCCCCAAACCUCAGGAUGGAGGUCGAGUGAUGAACAUGGCGGUUCCAAAGGCACAUCGGCCAGGUGACCUCAUACAUUUGCCUCCAUACCUUAGAAUGGACUUUUUGUUAAACCGAAGCGGUGCCAGCACCAGCAGGGACCUGAGUUUAGGGCAAGCGUGCUUGGAACCUCAGAAAAGUCGGACCCUGAAGCGACCCACGGUCCUUGAACCGAUCCCCAUGGAGGCGUCCUCCUCCACGUCCUCCACGAGAGAGGGACAGCAGUGGCAACAAGGGGCUGUGGCCACAUUACCUCAGCGAGAGGGAGCAGAGCUGGGACAGGCAGCUAAGAUGAGCAGCUCCCAAGAAUCCCUGCUUGACUCUCGGGGCCAUUUGAAAGGAAACAAUCCCUACGCAAAAUCCUACACCCUGGUAUAA